ACUACUCUACCCUCUGCUUAUAAUACUAAUAAAUAUUAUUACUACUAAUUAUAGUAAUUUCCUAGUAAAUACGGAGUUCUGGUAAUAAUACUAUUAGUAAUAAUAAUAUUAUUAUUGCUGACACACAGUCACACACACAGAUGAGAGACAACCACCGACCAUUAAUCUCUCUCUACACACCACAACUUUCUCUCUCACACACUCACACAUUCACUCGCUGCAGCUCCACACUCUCGUAGUACUACUAGCUAAAAAGCUUUGGCUACAUACCGACGAGAAUUUCCCUGCUGGCAAAAUUAAAAAGAUUCUUUCUUUCUUUCCUUUUUUUUUUUUUUUUUGGCCUCUCUCGCCUCCGGUCUUCUUUUCCUUCUUUUCCCUUAUCGUUUCUUUCUUUGCUUCUUCCACCGCCAUGCUCAAUAUCUUUACAUUUCUUCAUUUCACCCCCAAAUUUCUUAGAAAUCUCUUAAUUUCAACCUGGAAGGCUGGAAAACUCUUAAAUUAGUUACAAGCGUUUUUUUUUUCCCUUUUUUUGGGGGUUAAUUUUUAGAAAAAGACCCGGUCUUUAUUAAUUAAUCGAGAAAAUGGGCUGCGGCAGCUCAAAGCUCGAUGACUUACCGGCGGUGGCUUUAUGCCGGGACCGGUGUGCUUUUUUGGAUGAAGCCAUACGUUUACGCUACGUCAUGGCUCAGUCCCAUCUUGCUUAUACUCAUUCUCUAAAAACCGUCGGCGCUUCUCUUAAUCGGUUCUUCGACCGGGAUCUCUCCGCCGCCGAGCCGCCUUCACCGGUUCUUAAUAUUCCUGGGCCCCGCAAAGGCGAACCCUCUUCUUCCUCCACCGGCGACCCAGCUUCUAGUGAUAAAAUCGCUGCUGCCUCUUCGGCUGCUCCUAAAUCCGCCGUCGUCCACCAUCACUCCCGCUCUCACUCCGGUUCUCAUCUACACUUCCAUUCCGACUCCGACUCCGAUGACGACGUCGACCACAAUCACGUCCACGGCGAUGAUGAUUCAGCUUCCAGCUCUUUCCACCGCCACGAUGGCCAUGACCACUUCUCCGACGGCGGUCCCCCUUCCCCUACCAUUCCACAGUACGGUUACUUGGGUUUUCCAGAUUCCGGCAGCUUCGGGAUGGGCUUCCCGGGUUCCUCCUCCUACCCAACCGGAACGGGUACUUAUAUGCACAUGAAUUUCAUGAGGAAACAUACGACGCCCUCCGUUUCCUACCAGCAAAAACCCGUCAGCCCGGAGAUUGUACGGAUGGGUAUGGCCGGAGAAGCUUCUCCUUACCCUCCUUCUUCCUCCUAUUAUCCUUACCCUCCUUAUCAAAAUCACAACUUCUUCAAUUUCACAAAUAAUUACGGGGCGGCUGGGCCUGGCGUCGGUGGCGGUUAUCCCUAUCCUUAUCCGGGCUCAUCAUCCUCUUCCGGGCCGCCUCCAAUUGGACCUGGACCUUCCUCUUCCGGGCCGAAAGAACCUCCGCCGCCUCCUUCUCCUCCGAGGGCAUCAGCUUGGGAGUUUCUGAACCCCUUUGAGAGUUUCGAAAAGUACUAUCCCCCUUACACGGCUCCGAGCAGCAGGGAUUCCAGGGAAGUCAGAGAAGAAGAAGGCAUUCCUGAUUUAGAGGAAGAAGAUUAUCAGCAAGAGGUUGUGAAAGAAAUUCACGGAGAUCAGAAGUUUGUGGCCGUCCCCGGCGGUGGGGGUAAAGCGGCUGCUUCUAUGUCCCAUGAGUUGGAAGAUGACGAAGAUGAUGAUGAGGAGGAGGAGGAGGAAGAAAAGGGGGAUGCUUUGUAUAGAAAUAGGGCUGUAGAGAGUGAUGCUGCAGCUGAGUAUGAGGUGCACAUGGUGGACAAAAAAGUUGUUCAUGAUGAUGUUGAACCUAAGCGGAAGUCCACCGGGUUUAAGGGAGGAGAUUCUGAGGUUAUUAGAGAAAUUCAGUUCCAAUUUGAGAGGGCUUCUGAGUGUGGGAAUGAUCUUGCUAACAUUCUGGAGGUUGGGAAGCUUCCCUAUAAUAAGAAUCGGAAACAUCAUGCUGCUAAUAAAGUUUCUUCCAAGAUGUUACACGCAAUUACUCCUUCCCUCUCGGUUGUAUCCUCUGGACCUUCUACCUCUAAGAGGGAUGACAUUGAAAAGGUUGGUCCAGCUCUAUUAGACGUCGAUGUGGAAGAGGACCUGAACUUGAGGUCAAUCAAGCUUUCUUCCACCCUGCACAAGUUGUAUCUUUGGGAAAAGAAACUCUACGAAGAAGUUAAGGUUGAAGAAAAGAUGAGGAUUCUUCAUGAGCGGAAGUGUCGGAAACUGAAACGUCUUGAUGAAACGGGAGCCGAGGCCCAUAAGGUUGAUGCAACAAGAGCUUUGGUCAAAUCAUUGUCCACAAAGAUUAGGAUCGCGAUCCAAGUUGUUGAUAAGAUCUCAGUGAAGAUUAAUAGAGUGAGAGAUGAAGAAUUGUGGCCACAGCUACGUGAACUAAUCCAAGGGUUGGCCCGAAUGUGGAGGUCCAUGCUCGAAUGCCAUAUCAAUCAAUGCCAAGCAAUUGGAGAAGCCAAAAACUUGGAUGCCAUUGCAUCUGCUAAGCACUUUAGUGAGGCUCAUGUUGAGGCCACAUCUCAGCUUCAACAUGAUGUUAUUAACUGGACAGUGGCUUUCUCAUGCUGGAUCGGUGCCCAAAAGGGUUAUGUUAGAGCAUUAAAUAAAUGGCUCAUGAAAUCUCUUCUAUACGUGCCCGAAGAAACGGAUGAUGGAAUAGCUCCAUUCUCACCUGGUAGAAUAGGGGCACCCCCUAUCUUCGUCAUUUGUAAUCAAUGGUCUCAAGGAUUGGAUGGAGUUUCCGAGAAAGAAGUUCUUGAUUGUAUGCGGGAUUUUGCUUCCAGCGUUCUUCAUCUUUGGGAACAAGAUAAGCUCGGAAUGAGGAAUAUGAUGACUAAUGCAAAUAAAGAUGGGGAAAGGAGAAUCAAGAAUCUCGAAAGGGAAGAUCAGAAGAUUCAUAAGGAGAUGCAAGCUUUGGAGAAACGGAUGAUCAUGGUUUCGGGGGACGAUAAUAACGGCCUCUCGCUGAGCGGGAAUGUUGUGUAUCAGAGUGACACAAGCAAAAGUGGUAGCAUUCAGUUGAGGCUGCAACGUAUUUUUGAGGCCAUGGAGAGGUUCACAGCCAACAGCUUAAAAGUACACGAGGAGCUGCUGCAACGUAUUGAAGAUCUGGCUCAAGAACAGGGAAAAGGUUCCUAGGCCUGUUUCAAAAAUUUCAGAAAGGUAAAGAUGGCUUCUGGCUUGGUUUCAUUUUGCUCUUGGCUUCUUGCUUCUGUGACUUCAUGGGAUCCUUGUUAUUAACUUGAUUAUGAGUUUGAUCCCAGCAAGUUUGAGCGGGUGCCAAUGGAAAAGAAUUGAGGACGACGUGAUUGCUAUAAUCAACUGGAUAAAGCUGGUCAAAGCUGCCUGCUGACACUUAUAUGGUAUACAAGUAUAUAUAUUUAUAUAUAUAUAUAUAUAUUUUCAGCUGGUGCUUUCUGAAUGCUGCUACAGCUCCUCAAAAAGAUAGCAGACGAGUAUAAAUGUGAAAAAGGGAUGAAGUGUGGGGGUCUUCCUGCAGGAAGAACUCAAGUGUCGGGUGCAUCUCUCUGAUAUAUAAGGCUUACCUCUGUUGGGACUGAUUAAUAAGGAGGGAAAAUGUCAGGUAUGGAUAUGUUCAAUGGAACUCUUGCCGGAUCAGGAAAAUAAAGAAAGGAUCCUGGAGAAUUCAGGGAAGUCCUGCGAGAGAGCGAAGUUUGGAAGAGAUGCAAUGAGUAGGGAGGUGAAACAAAUUUUUGGAGUAGGAAUAAUAUGUGGAAGAGGGAGAUGGACUCUUGUGUGACGCAAGUCACGGAAGCAGCCUGGGCACUUUGAGGCCCUGGGGGGAUGGGUGUAUUGAUUUAUAUUUAAAUAAAUUAGUGAUAAUAGGAUGAAGGUUAUGAUUUUUUUUUUUGGCAGGGAGAAGAGAAUAGGGAUUUAGGUGGUUGUAUGAUAGUACCCUUGUAUUUUUGUUUAUAGUUGUAGUGGUGACUCUAUUGUACAGUAGUAAACAAAGCAUAGAUGUUUAGAUGUUGAUAAUGCAUAGGUGCAUAUUGAGAGGUUGGUGAUUCCCAUUUUGUAAGUCAUAUGUCAUGUUGUGUUGGUGGUGGGGUUUGGAGUAUGGGAAUGGGGGUAAUGUCUUUUCUCAGUUUUCAUUGAUAUAUAAUCAGUGAGUCUCUUGGUCUUAGCUAAAGAGGAUAUGCAACUGAGCAAUGGCCCAUGCUGGUGAGUGGGGAUAGUGGUAAAGAGUAUAGAUAGUAGUAGUUUCGUGCGGCGCUAAUACAAGAAAUGUUUGUUUAGCAGUUACCACCACCCUCCGCUUGUCGCCGGCUGGGGUAAGCUGGUCAAAUUUAAGUUAGCUGAUGAUUUUGCAAACAGGGGGGAAACCGGAACUGUACGUGCGGAAUAUCUCCUAAUAUUAACUAGCAAUUAACCUAAUUUUUUUCUUAAUAUCCGUGUUUCUCUAAAUGGGCGUAUUGAAUUGGAUUGGAACGGAGGGA